UGUCAUCCAAAGCGACUUACAAAUGAGGAAUACAACAAAAGCAAUUUAUCGACAUCUGAAGUGCCACAAUACAAAGAAAAGAACAAAGAUAAAAGGGUAUACAGGUACACAGCAAAGCUUGACUGUAACACAUAAUUCUGUGGAUAUUCUCUUCAUAAACAGGGAUGACGGCCAUCCCGUGUGCCUGUCUGGGCAUAUUCCUGGGAGGUUUGCUGGUGAAGAAGCUGAACCUGUCUGCUCUGGGAGCGAUUCGAAUGGCAAUGCUGGUCAAUCUGAUCUCCACGGCCUGUUACGUGUCCUUCCUCUUCCUGGGCUGUGACACAGGACCUGUCGCUGGGGUGACUGUCGCCUAUGGCAACGAGACACUGCAAGUAGGCCAGAGGCCAGAAGCCCCCUGCAUGAGUCAUUGUAACUGCUACACUUCAUCCGUUAGCCCCGUUUGUGGCUCCAACGGUGUGACCUACUUGUCCUCCUGUUUCGCUGGCUGCUCCAGAGUCAUCAGCACCGGACUUCCACCUCCUCUCUCUCAGAAUAUGACGGGAUGCGCGUGUAUCUCCGCAUACAAUGACUUUGCCACGGCUGUGCCCGGCAAAUGCCCGCGUCCCGGCUGCCAGGAGGCCUUCCUCACCUUCCUGUGUGUGAUCUGUGCCUGCAGUAUGAUCGGAGCCAUGGCCCAGACGCCCUCCGUCAUCAUCCUCAUCAGAACUGUGAGCCCAGAGCUGAAGUCAUACGCUCUUGGAGUUCUUUUUCUACUACUGCGACUGUUAGGGUUCAUUCCUCCUCCUCUGAUAUUUGGCACGGGGAUCGAUUCCACAUGCCUUUUCUGGAGCACCGAGUGCGGGGACAAAGGCGCCUGUCUGCUAUACGACAACGUGAGCUACCGGCACCUGUACGUCAGCAUGGCCAUCGUCCUCAAGGUCGUGGCGUUCCUCCUCUACACAACCACUUGGCAAUGCUUGCGCAGAAACUACAAGAAAUACAUUCAAAACCAUGAGGGAUACGUUACACCCACGGAAAUGUUCUCGUCCAGCGUGAAUCUGGACAGUCUCGGAAAGGACAGCAGUCAGAGCCAAGUCAACAGGACUAAAUUUAUAUAUAGCCUGGAGGAUCACGAGUGGUGUGAAAACAUGGAGUCCGUUUUAUAGUGGUUUCAUGCUAAUUCGCACAUGAUCGUUAUACUGAAGGAUCGUCUGUUAUUCCAGGAUGUGUCAGACUUUCUUGUAAACUCCUUCAAACUCUUCUACUGGGUCCAUCUUGUUUUUACAAGUACUUUCACAGGUGUUUCUCCAGUGCCAGUAAAAAGUUGUAGUAGUUAGCUGAAGGCGUCUACUUCAAUGCCUGACAGUGUAGCUGGUUUGUUAACUUCACACAGCUGUGCAUUAGCUGAAGUCAUACACAAAAUGACUGUUUCCACAAUUUUUCAAGUAAAAUAAUUAUAUAUACAACUAAGAUCAACAAGUUGAACUCGUCAUCAUCAGUCAUCCGGCUGGUUGAUGCUGGUUAUGUUCUCGAUCCCCGUUCCAGUCCGUUAUUAUUAUGGGGAUCAUUUAGUACAUCACAACCAGUUUAUUAAUACUAAUAUAUAAUUCUAUUGUAUACUACAUACUGCAAUUUUAAGCAAUAUAUAUAUAAAAACAAUAUCAAUUAUUUCUCAAAACAUUCAAAGGGGUGUUUGAGAGAUGUUUUUUUCUAAGUGCUUUUUGCAGCAUUUGCUUUCUGCUGUUGUUAAUUUAUAUGGUUUAUUAAGGCCUAUAAUGUCUUAAUUUGUAAAGGUUAUUGAUACAGUACAUUAUUAGCUUCUUUAUACAUCUGUGCAAUAGUGGGAGAGUGUAUUUGAUUUUGUUUUGGAUGAUGAAGACUGAGUGAGACUGAUUAUUUGUAGUUUUUUUAAUGAAUUUAGGAAUGCCUCUUUAUUCAGAUGACAACAAUGGCAUGUUUGGGACUAGACUUUGGGAAUAUUGUGACCUACAAUAUGACUGACAUCAGAGGGGAAGUAUUGGGAAAAGGCGUUUUUAUUAAAUGGCAGAAGACUGUUGUCAUUCAUGAGUGGUGCGCUGAUCUUGCUGUAGAGCAAAUAACGUUCUGAUGAUUAGGCUGGGCCUUGGUAUUUAUGAGUUGGAUGAAGAAUGACAUUUUAUACAAUUAUAAUGUAACAUUUGAAGUGUGUUUCAGUUUUGGAUUGAGAUUAAACUGUUUUAUUUCACUUCACUGCAAUAAGACAUGGCACUGUGGGUUCUUAGCAGAUUAGAAAUAGAGCUGUUUACAAAAGACACCUUGGGAUAAAAACUGUUCAUGAUGAAUUUCUGAUUUUACAUUAUUUGAAUUUCCUCUAAAGCUUCAUAGCACAUCAUUCUUGUUUUACUGCAGGUAAAAUUGAAGCAGUGUACUUUUCGUAUCAUUUUUUAAAAUGGCAAAAUAACUUUUAUUUUAU